UCGAAACGAAUAACGGAUCGAAUCAAAUAUAACGGAUAAAAUGCCCAGCCCUACUCGUUGUACUUUCUCCACUCCCACUUGUCUCUGUUUCUUUCUCUUUUAUAUUUUCUCCAACAAAUUUAGCAAAAAAACAUCGGUGAUUUUCUGGCUAUGAAGUAAUUAUGGGUUUCUUCGGACGACUGUUCGGGAGUAAGAAGAAGCAGGAGAAGAAGUCAGAACCAACGAAUAACAACAGACGAAGAUGGAGCUUCACCACAUCCUCAAAUCCAGCAACUGCUUUAUCAACGUCAUCUUCUCAUCCAAGCAAGAGACGUUACAGUGAAGAAAUCUUGGACGUCGACAAGCAUGCAAUAGCCGUCGCAGCUGCCACUGCUGCUGUAGCUGAAGCGGCACUAGCAGCCGCUCAUGCUGCGGCAGAGGUCGUGAGGCUUACAGGAAGAGGCAGUGGUAGAACCUCUAAUCAGAAUAACCGCCGGUGGACGCUGGAGUAUAUAGCGGCGAUAAAGAUUCAAUCAUCUUUCCGUGGCUACUUGGCGAAGAGGGCGUUGAGAGCGUUGAAGGCGUUAGUGAAGCUCCAAGCGUUAGUUAAAGGUCACAUAGUGAGGAAACAAACAGCUGAUAUGUUGCGUCGGAUGCAAACGCUAGUUAGGCUCCAAGCUCGAGCUCGAGCGUCGCGUUCUUCUCAUGUUUCAGAGUCUGAAUACAUCAAACUCAUUGCAAUGGACCAUCGUUCUCAGAUGGGUUCGAGCCGUUGGAACGCACCGUUGUACAAUGAAGACAAUGACAAGAUUCUAGAAGUAGACACAUGGAAGCCUCACUUCUCUUCCUACCAUAAGGAGUCACCAAGGAAAAGAGGAUCUCAUAAUGUUCCGACAAGUGUGGAGAACAGUCCACAAGUAAGGUCUAGACCAGGAAGUAGUAGCGGUGGUGGUUGUUCAAGGAGAAGAACGCCGUUUACGCCAACGAGAAGCGAGUACGAGUACUACUCUGGGUAUUACCCUAACUACAUGGCUAACACUGAGUCUUACAGAGCAAAAGUUCGGUCACAAAGUGUCCCAAGACAGAGGAUUCAAGAGUUCUCUUCAGAGAGUGGCUACAAGAGUUCAGCGCAGGGACAGUAUUACUACUACACAGCGGCUGCAGAGCGAUCGUUUGAUCAUCGAAACCAAAGUGAGAAAUCGAAGAUGUACUCUUCAUAUCUCAGCUCUGAUCCUAUUCGGUUUUAAUAUUUGAAAGACUUUAAAAAGUGAGUGGAAUGUGUAAAGUAAAUUUAGGUUCCGAAUGGCAAUUGCAAUGCGGUGCUAAUAGUAACAAAAACAUAUAAAUACAUAAAUAUAUAGAGAGAUUUUUGUUACUAUUGCGAUUCUUAACAUUAGAAUCCUUAAACAUACAAGUGUUUGUAAACUCUGUAUUUUUUUUUUUUACUAGAGCCCACGGUACAG